UCCCCAGGGCCGCGGGGCCUCUGGGCCUGUCCGCCUCCGCCGCACUCCCCACCCUCGCCCCGCCCCGCCCGGUCCGCCUCCGGCUGCUGGUCUGGCGGAGCGGAGCCGGUUCUCAUUUACCAUGGAAGAUGAGUUUUUUGGAGAAGAAACAUUCCAACAAUAUUGUGCAAAAUUCAUUAAACAUUCUCAACAGAUAGGUGAUGGUUGGAAAUGGAGAACAGCAAAGGACUGUUCUGAUGGCUACAUGUAUAAAACACAGUUUCAAAUAAAAACUGGGACUAUGGCUUCACAUCUGGGAACACCUGCUAGUGCACAGACAUGUCUACCCACAGAGGAAGCUUUAGAGCUACCCUUGGAUGAUUCUGAAGUGCCCGGGUCUACAGCAGCAUCUGAAGUGAUUAAGUAUGAGUAUCACGUCUUAUAUUCCUGUAGUUACCAAGUGCCGGUUCUUUACUUUAGGGCAAGCUUUUUAGAUGGGAGACCUUUAUCCCUGAAGGACAUCUGGGAAGGAGUCCAUGAGUGCUAUAAGACACGGCUGCUACAGGGACCGUGGGACACCAUUACCCAACAAGAACACCCCAUACUUGGGCAACCCUUUUUUGUUCUACAUCCUUGCAAGACAAAUGAAUUCAUGGCUGCUGUGCUAAAGGAUUCGCAGAAAAUCAAUAGAAAUGUCAACUAUGUCACAUCCUGGCUCAGCAUUGUGGGGCCAGUUGUUGGGCUGAAUCUACCUCUGAGCUAUGCAAAAGCAGCCAUGCAGGAUGAGCAGCUUGUUGACUGAUGAGAUCUUCUGUUGAUCUGAGAAACUACAUCAUGAAGAACACAAGGAGUUUACCCAGGAAGCGCAGGCUUAAUGAAAAUAAGACUGCAAUGUGAGAUCACCAAGAUUUAACAUGGGGGGCUGUAGAGACGGCUUAGUGGUUAAGAUCACUGACUGCUCUUGCAUAGGACCCAGGUUCGAUUCCCAGCACCCAUAUGGUAGCUAACAGCUAUGCUCCAGGAGAUCCAAUGCCCUCUUCUGACCU